AUGUCCCAACCAAGAAAAAACAUCAAUAAUAAAAGCUCCACACCACCCCCAAUCACCAACAUAACCAUCCAUCAAAUGAGAAGGCCAGCACCUCCUCAAGAAGACAUAGAGGCUAUGCCAAGUAUAGUAAUGAACAUAGAAAACGCUAAGGAAUAUUUAAACAAAAACCUUCUGUGCCAUAUUGACCAACCCUUCACACUAACCCACUUAAUUUCAGCUCUGUUCCAUAUUACCCAACUCAAAUCAGUCCCUCUUCCAGCAAUAGAAGCCAUUAGAGCAGUCACAUUUAUCCUGAAAAAACAUGAAGCAAAUGAAUUAGCAGAUAAAAUAUUGAAACAAAUAACUGAUGCCCUCACCCUGAAAAUAGCAGAACACAUUGUAGCAGCCAUAGCCCCACAAGUUGUGAAAAUCCUAUCAACCUCAGAGCACCUGGACGAAACCCUGAAGGAAGCCGAAUGGUUCAAAUACUUGGUCGAAAGAGAAAAGGAGGAAAAAGAUAGCGAAAAGGACAUCACAGCGGAACAUUUCAAGGAAGCAGCCAACACCCUCCACAACUCGAUGGAAGAGUGCAACAAGAGCUUGAAAGAACUCUCACCCACCAUCAACAAAGUCAAUGAGCUCCUCAACGACUUCCCUCAAAUCUCCCCUACCUUAAUACCAAGCCCUGAGUCCACCCAGCAGAAGCAAAAAUGA